AUGAUGAACGACCUGAACUCCAAGGUGGGCAGAAGGAUACGAGCAGCUUGGGGAGCAUUCAAGAGCAUCGAGGAUGUAGUGAAGAGGACCAAGAACACCCGACUCCGUGCUCCCCCCUUCAACACCACCGUUCUUCCUGCUUUGACCUACGCUUCAGAAGCGUCGGCGUUUUGCGAGCAGGAGGAAAAUGCGAUCAGCGUCACAGAACGCGUAAUUGAAAGGGUGAUGCUAAGAGUAACCCGAAAUGAAAGAAGGGAUUCGAACUUCACGUCUACGUCACCGGUCGAAGAUCAGAGACGCUGCCGUAUAUGCCAAAGAAACCAAAGUUAG